GUCAAAGAUCCUGCCCUUCUCCUUUUGGGGGUUUUCUCUGAUGAUUCCAAUUUCGAUCGUCUCUGUACUGGAUUUUUCAUCUCUUUAUUUUUGUGCGGGAAGAGCAUGAUUUUGAGGAUUUUAUCGAUUGGGGUUCUUUCUAUAUUUUCUUGGUGGAUUUUGGACUUUGAAGCUCUAGUUAUACUCGGUUCUUGCUUUGCAUUCUUCAACUAGUGGAUUUUUAUUUUUGUGUUUGGUGUCUUACUAAGGAGAUCAAAGCAGUGUUAAUUUAACGGACUUCGGAGAUUGUACAAAUAUGGCGAACGAUGCGGCAGCUUGUGCUGAGAGGGCCACAAGUGACAUGUUGAUUGGUCCUGACUGGGCAGUUAAUAUUGAGCUUUGUGAUAUUAUUAACAUCAACCCUGGGCAAGCAAAGGAUGCACUCAAGAUUCUAAAGAAACGUCUUGGGAGUAAAAACCCUAAAAUACAGCUUCUUGCAUUAUUUGUACUCGAGACUCUUAGCAAAAACUGUGGAGAGAAUAUGUUUCAGCAGAUUGUUGAGCGGGACAUUUUGCAUGACAUGGUGAAAAUUGUAAAGAAAAAGCCUGAUUUGAAUGUGAGGGAAAAGAUUUUGAUUCUGAUAGAUACAUGGCAAGAAGCUUUAGGGGGACCCAGAGGAAGGUUUCCACAAUACCAUGCUGCCUAUAAUGAGCUGAAGGCUUAUGGUGUGGAAUUUCCUCCCCGUGAAGAAAACAGCGUUCCUUUAUUUACUCCACCGCAGACCCAUCCAAUUGUUCAUCCUGCGGCUUCAACAUUUGAAGACACUGCAGUCGAGCUCUCUCUUGAGUCUGAUCAAUCUGGACUUAGUCUGCCAGAGCUCCAAAAUGCUCAGGGUUUAGCAGAUGUUUUGAUGGAGAUGCUUGGUGCCUUGGAUCCUAAGAACCCUCAGGGUGUAAAAGAAGAGAUCAUUGUUGACCUUGUGGAGCAGUGUCGGUCUUACCAAAAGCGUGUCAUGGUUCUUGUGAACAACACUGGAGAUGAGGAGCUUCUAUGUAAAGGGUUGGCACUUAAUGACAAUUUACAGCGGGUUCUUUGUCGUCAUGAUGAUAUUGCCAAGGGAACCUCCUCUGCUUCAGUAGUGACAAAUGACACUCCUGUUGCUCCCUUGAUGAAUGUGAAUCACGAGGAUGAAGAGUCAGAAGAUGAUUUUGUUCAAUUAUCCCGCAGAUCUACAAGAGAUACAUCCCAAGGACAGGGACGUAAGCCCCUUGGCUUGAAAAGUGAGCCUGUGCGGAUCAAUCCAAUUCUUCCUCCACCACCCUCAUCGAGGAAUCCAGUUUCUACUGAUGCUGGAAUGAUUGACUAUUUAAGUGGUGACACAUAUCAGUCCGAAAGAUCGUCUGGACCUUCAGGAUCUGCGCCAACUGCUGUUUCUACACAUUCAAAUGAUUCAAUCCCUAUCAAAUCAAGUCCUCAAAAGCUCUCUUCUCCUCCUCCAGAUGAUCUCAUAAAUCCAACGGCAGCCGAUGAUGAUUUCCUUAACCCCACGGCAUCUAUGUUUGCCUCAAAGCCUGCUCAAAGUGAUUCGCCUUCAAAGCCCAAAUCUGCUGAUCAUUUGCCUCAAGCUCCUUGGGAUGCUACCCCUGCGGGCAACCUCCCACCACCACCUGCCAAAUAUAACCAGAGACAACAAUUUUUUGAGCAACAGCAUCAAUUUCCUGGCAGCCCCUCAAAUUCCAGUGCAGGGUCUUACAACAGCUUAGUGGGGCAGACAAAGAAUCUGUCGAUUAAUCCACCAACCCCAACCAAACAAGAAAAAAACGCAGAGGAUGCGCUCUUCAAAGAUCUGGUUGAUUUUGCAAAAGCUAAGUCUUCAUCAUCAUCUUCGUCUAAGCCUCCUAGUAAUAGAUCUUUUUGAGAAACUAUAUUAAUCAUUGGUGUGGUACAGUUUCCAGUGUUGUUAGUUCUGAUCAAUAUUUCAGACUAAUAAUUACGGAUUGGAACUCAGAGCAUUGUUACUAUAUGUUUUCUUGAAACCGCUUUGCUGCCUUCAUUUUACGGACAUGAGUUUGUGAAUAUCAGUGUUUAGUGUAUAUGUGUGUGUGUACUUCGAGGUGCAAGAAUUUCACAAAGUUCUUUCACUUGUUUUCCAUAUCAGCAUGGAUUGUGAACUUGUUUUGUGCUUU